UCCAAAUCACUGUUGUAGCUUCUUUUCCCUGCGAUCUCGCUGCUUGCUUUGAAGAGAAAGAGUUAACAGAGCGAAGACGGAGAUGACGUUGUUUCACUUCUUCAACUGUGCGAUUCUCACAUUCGGCCCUCACGCCGUUUACUAUUCCGCCACUCCCUUGUCUGAGUAUGAUACCCUUGGCACCUCUGUUAAAGCUGCUUCUGUUUAUCUUGGGACAGCUUUGGUAAAGCUUGUUUGCUUGGCCACGUUUCUUAAGGUGUCUGAGAAUGAUAGCUUCGACCCAUAUCAGGAAUUGCUGAAAGCUUUAAUUGGUUUCAUAGAUGUUGCUGGGCUUUACUUUGCCUUGACCCAGUUGACUCACAGAAAUAUCUCUCAAAACCAUAAAUUUCAAGCUGUUGGACUUGGGUGGGCUUUUGCUGAUUCUGUUUUACAUAAACUGGCACCUCUUUGGGUGGGAGCUCGAGGACUAGAAUUCACUUGGGAUUACAUUCUGCAAGGCCUUGAAGCAAAUGCAAACCUGGUGCUGAGUAUAUCCCUUGCUGCGUUGGGAUCUCUGAUGUGGCUUCGCAAAAACAAACCCAAGACUUUGAUUCCCAUAAUAUAUGCAUGCGCAGCCAUUGUGGCAACAAUGCCAUCCAUCACAAAUUAUUUGAGAAGAGGAUUGGGGUGGCAUUUUCCAAAAGUGGUAGGCUUCGAACUAUUCACCUCUCUGGUGAUGGCUUUUAUUAGUUGGCAACUCUUUUCUGCAUGUCAAAGACCCUCAUCCUAAGAAAGUCCAGUACAUCUCUAAGACCAGAUGGUUGGGGAUAGGCUCUUGGAACAUAUUGAAAAAAUCUAGCCAUUGGCUAUCAAUUCCGCCCCCGACAAGGCUGUUGGACUGUUUUUUCAAAAUUUUGUAGCAUCUUUUAUUUUGCCUAUAAAAAUUACUGAUUUGUAAUUUCACUUUCCGUGAUGUUCAGAGGAUUGAAUAGAUUGAUUUUCCUUUA